AAAUACUACUGGCAUAUAGACAUGAAAAUGAAUACUACAAAAAUGGAACUAGAUAAAAAAACAUAACAUACAAAAGAUAAUAGUUCUACGUUACAUACAUGGCUUCCUUCAAAACCCUAAAGUCAACGUUCCUUAUUUUGUGUCUCUUAGCCUCCUUCUUCUUGAAUCCAAUCAAAGCUCAUGGAGGACACGAUGAUUCCGACCAUGAUUCCGACAACAUAAAUAUACGUUCGAGGAGUUUGGUCCUUGUUAAAAUAUGGUGUUUGAUCAUCUUGUUUGUUUUCACUUUCAUAGGUGGUGUGUCUCCUUAUUAUUUCCGUUGGAACGAGGUUUUUCUUCUAUUAGGGACACAAUUUGCUGGUGGUGUUUUUCUUGGAACAUCAAUGAUGCAUUUCUUGAGUGAUUCAAAUGAAACUUUUGAAGAUCUUACCAAGAAAACUUACCCUUUUGCCUUCAUGUUGGCUUGUUCUGGAUAUCUUUUAACCAUGUUUGGUGAUUGUGUGGUGGUUUAUGUAACAAGUAAUAAUCAGAGGGAAGCUAAAGUUGAGGAACUUGAAGGAGGAAGAACACCUCAAGAAGAAGAGGGAACGACCGAGUUGGCGAUGGAUGAGAGCAACGUUGCAUUCAUGAAGACUACUAAUGUGGGAGAUACUAUUUUGCUUAUUCUUGCACUUUGUUUUCAUUCGGUUUUUGAAGGCAUAGCCGUUGGAAUUUCAGGUACUAAGGAAGAAGCAUGGAGGAAUUUGUGGACAAUAUCAUUACACAAGAUAUUUGCUGCAAUAGCAAUGGGAAUCGCAUUGCUAAGAAUGUUACCAAAAAGACCAUUAAUAACAACAGCAGGAUAUUCAUUUGCAUUUGCUAUCUCUAGCCCAAUUGGCGUAGGAAUUGGAAUUGCAAUCGACGCAACAACAGAAGGAAAAACAGCGGAUUGGAUGUAUGCAAUAUCAAUGGGCAUUGCUUGUGGUGUUUUUGUCUAUGUUGCUAUCAAUCAUUUGAUAUCUAAAGGCUUCAAACCGCAGAGGAAGAGCCGUUUCGACACUCCAUGGUUUAGGUUUCUGGCUGUGCUUUUUGGUGUUGCUGUAAUUGCAGUUGUCAUGAUUUGGGAUUGAUAUCAUUUUCAUCAUGUUUUUCUAUGAUAUUUCAUUGUUUGUUUCUCUAUAUAUGUAUGUGUACAUGUACGUAUACCUCUUUGUGUUCAAUAUUGAUGUUCUAUAUUUGCCAAUGUCUGUAUACUUUUUUUAUGAAAACCAAUGUUAAUUUGGAACUUUCAUGUAUCAUAAAUCCUUCUAUUAUAUUUCAUUUUAUAAAUGAUAGAACACUUUUUCAUUAUUGAA